GUCAGCUGUCAAGAUGUCUGCUGCACCGACAGAAUUUUGUGGAAAUUUUCCACAAAUGGGGACGACGCCGAAUACAAUUGAAAACUUCUACGAAGACGUAGAGCCGCAGCCAGUAAAGAGCAAAGAUACUGAACACACAACAGUACGAAGAGGACUGAUUGUUCUGGCAAUAUUUUUAUCAAUGGUUGUUGGGCUUGUUGUUUCCUGUCUUGUGAUCAUCACACAGCUCCAAAGUGAGAUGAGAAUUAUGAAACAUCAAGAAGACAAGUCAAUUGCUAGGUUGAAAUGGCUAGAAGAAAAUGCUUCAGAAGUGAUUUACUCCAAACUUAAUGAACAGCAGAUUCGAAUAAAUCAAUCGAUUGAAGAUAUUUCAACUUUGGAUCAUUCUCACCAACAAUUGAAGAAAUCGAUUAUACAAGAACUUUUCCCGAAAGAUUGCAAAAGUGUAAAUGGCAAAUAUGCGAAAAUUCAGAACACCACCGGUGGAGUCUUUGAUAUAUAUCCGGAAUUAAGAGCCAAACCUGUCGAAGUUUACUGCGAUAUUGUAACAGAUGGAGGCGGAUGGAUUGUGUUUCAAAGACGAAUGGAUGGAACAGAAGACUUCUACAGAGGAUGGAACGAAUAUGUAAAUGGAUUUGGAGAAAAAUAUAAAGAAAUGUGGUUAGGCUUGGAAACAAUCCAUCAACUGACUAAGAAGGGGAGUUACGAACUAAGAAUUGAUUUGGAAAAUUAUAGUGGAACCACUGCUUAUGCUAAAUAUGGGACGUUUUCAAUAUCAUCUGCAAGCGAAAACUAUACAUUGUUAGUUGGAGAGUAUAAUGGAACAGCUGGAGAUUCAUUGACGUAUCAUAACAAUAUGCAGUUUUCUACAAAAGAUUCUGAUAAUGAUGAUAAUCAUAACACAUUUUUGUCGGGGCACUGUGCAGUGGACUUCAAAGGAGCCUGGUGGUACAAAAGUUGUCAUCAAUCAAAUCUGAACGGAUUCUAUUACGAAGCUUUUCUAAAUGAUGCUAGAUCGGUUCACUGGAGUUCCUUCAAAGGAUAUAAAACUCUCAAGUUCACUGAGAUGAAGUUUAGGCAGAAAACGUAAUUCUGCCAAUAAACAUUUCCGCAUACAAAGGUUUCAAUGUUUAUUAUCAUUGCGAUAUUUUAAACAUCAAAUGGCAUUUAGACUGCAAUGUUAUUUCGCAUAAAACGACAUUCUUCGGAAAAUUCGACCUUUUUUUUCCAAAAUAAAUUACGGUCUCGAUCACAUUCAUUUAUGGCUAAUUUUUCAUUGUUCAAACGUGAAGAAAUACACCAAUAGAAUAUGCAAAAAAAAAGCUUCGCUGAAAAUCUAUAGGAGGCACUGAUACCUUCGCUCGAUAUCUGUGCAACAGAAACUUUUUCACUUAGCGCAGAUUACCUUCAUUCUGUUUUCAUAAUUGAAUAUUCCAAGCUCCGCAAGCUAAUGUAAGUUGGUAUUGCAUUGGAUCACACUUUUAAUUAUAUUUUCUGCCACUUUUCUCAUUAUAAAAUUUCCUCAUUGGGGCAAACAACUAUGAAUAGUUGUUUUCUUUGUAUCAAGUUAUGCACUGAACAACGAAAGCUUACAAUAAAUCAUUCUGUGAUAUAACAAUAUGAUAUUAUCGACGUCACAUGGUUUGAAUAAACAAUAUUCAAAUACAAUACUGAUGAAUAUAUAGAAUGCACUGUCUGAGAUAUGGGGCGACACAACUCCGCUCUAUACCCGGGCAAAAGAGACUUCUUCACUUAGCGAAGACUGCGUUUAUUAUUAUUUUUUUAUAAUUGUAUUUACUGCGAUAUUUAAAAUUCUGCAAGCUAAUGUAAUAUAUUGUUGUAUUAGCUCACACUUUCUAUUAUAUUUUCUGCUACCUUUAUUAUGAAAUUCCUUAUUGAGUAAAACAACUAGGAAUAAUAUACCUAAAUUGAUUAUUGAUGUUUUCUUCGUAACAAGUUAUGCAUUGACCAACGAAAGCUUAUCAUAAAUCAUUCUGUGAUCAUCGUCGUUACUAAGUUUGGAUAAACAAUAUUCGAAUAUUGACGGUACAUGUGAUCGCUAUCGAGUCUAUAUUACCAAGCUAAUUUGUGUAAACCCUUUGCUUCUAUUUUCAUUACUUCCGGACCGGAAGUUGUUGAUCAGGUUAUCCGUAGCAGGCAAAUAGCGGUGAUGUGUUUUAGAUUACUAUUUGUGUGAUAAAGCAUUUUUGCUCUUUAUACUUUAACGAUGAACUAUUUUCAGAGUUAUCGGCAGCAAUGUAAAGAUAUCUCGAAUUACAGUCAGUUUACAUUUCUAUUUUAUUCUUUCUGUCUACCUAAAUUCUUAUCGCAAUAUUUUCUUCAAUACUUUUAUAGUCUAAAUAAACAUUGAUUGAUAAUUUCAAUUUUUAAGAUCAUGUUUGAAGGUGGUGGACUUCGUCACAGCUCAUGUUGCAGUAAAUACUGUGUUUUGUGGUAUUUGAUAUUCCAUGUUUAAUUCAAAGUUGCUUCCAAGGCUUUGGCAGCCAGCAACGCAACGUGAAGAAAUGUUCUAUAUAAUAUAGCCUACCACAACCUCCAACUAUACCCGUUAGUCUUUAUUCGUACAAUGCCACUUUUAUGUACUCCGAUGACCGUUGUUGACAUAGCACAACUGCAAAUCCGUAUUGAUAUCUAGAGAGAUGAUUGUAUUUGUAACUUUUAGUCAGAUGUAGUGUUGGAAUACCUCGGCUCGAUUCAUCUUCCCAC